AAAUUAAUAAAUAAAACAAAGUUGAAUACAAAUGGAAUGGUGGACGAGUAUGCACAACAAACAUUUAAAAUAUGGGUAAAAAAUAGCUUUCACAUUAUAUGUAGUUCAUAUCUUCACUGUAAUCAUAACUUUCCCGCACAUUUCUUCAUCCUUGACAUCACUUGUAUCCUCUAGACAUCAAUGAGGAUACAGAAGACACUGGUGGUCCAGUAUCAUGGUGAGUUCAUAUUAUCAGCCUCGUUUGCAUAAGAUGAAAUGUUGACCUCUCAAAUUAAUAAUAUGUACUCUGAUCUUAUGAUGAGGGUCACGUUUUUGAAAGUGAUAAUGUAUAUUUUAAUAUUUUAAGAAAAUAGAUGCAGGAACUUCUUCUAGAGGACAACAUAAAUCAUAAUGAGGAAAAAAAGGGUAAAGAUAUCAGGUAAAACCUGUCACAGAGUUUGGUUUUCCCCAACAGAUCAUCCAUCAGAUAUUCCCAGAAGUUUCUAAUCAGUAUUAACUUGUCUUCUUAUAUGCCAACACACUUCUAACUCCAUUUGAGAUAGACGAUGCGACUACUGUAUCUCUUGUCUCUUUUGGUACCUGUGGUCCUCAGCAACCCUGAGUUGACAACUUCCCAGGGUAGGCUCCGGGGUCGUGUCUUGAACUCCAGGAAUGGCAGGAAAUACUUUGCCUUCAACAGCAUACCUUAUGGACAGCCACCUGUGGCAAACCUCAGGUUUAUGCCUCCAUUACCAGCCAAGAAUUGGACAGGAACAUUGGAUGCAACUAAAGCAAGUCCUAUAUGUUACCAGUGGGAUUAUGCUAAAUCUAUAGCAAAAGGACAGGAAGAUUGUCUAUAUCUGAAUGUUUACACUCCAAAGAUAUCAAAUUUAUCUUUGCCAGUUAUGAUUUACAUCUAUGGAGGUGGAUUUAAAGUAGGAGAUGCAGGGCCAGCUGAAUCUAGCCAGUAUUUUAUGGAUGAGGAUGUAGUCUUAGUCAUACCAAAUUAUCGUCUCGACAGAUUAGGUUUUUUCAGUUUGGAGGAUGAAAUAAUUCCUGGUAACAUGGGUUUGAAGGACCAGGCACUUGCUUUGGAAUGGGUGAGAAAAGAGAUUACAGCUUUUGGUGGAAAUCCAGACCUGAUAACUGUCUUUGGUAACAGCGCUGGUGGUGCUUCGGCUCACUACCUCUGCUCAGCUCCCAGGCUCUCAGGUCAGAUAAAAGGUUGUAUAUCUCAAAGUGGAGUCGGUGGUGCUGCAGCGUGGGCACUCAGCAGGCCUGGAGAAGCCCGUGCAGCAGGUUUAAAAAUAGUGAAAGCACUAGGGUGUCCAAAGAAUGAAAUUCUAUCUUGCCUGCAACACAAAAGUGCAGAAGAAGUCUCAGAUGUGACCUUAAUCCCUGCCAAUGAGAAAGGUGCAAGGCCUACUCCAGUGAUAGAGCCACCAUCAGACCAUGCAAUAAUAACAUCAUGGCCUCCUAAAAAAAAUGAUUUCCCUUGGAUUGCCGGAACAACAGCAGAUGAAGGAAUGCUGUUUACUGGACACACGUUGCGCUUGAAAAACCAGUCAGAUGUUGUGGAGCGAAUUUUUGACAGAUUUACUACUAGAGAACCAAAUCUAAUAUUAGCUGGAAGGAAGUUUGGAACUGAAGCCUUUUUCUUGUAUCCAACUCUUGAAGCACUAAAACACCAUAAUGGGCCUAAAUACUUUUAUAUAUUUGAUUAUAUUGGAGGACCUUCAUAUUACGAAAUCUUGCUGAAUAAGAAUCUCAAUAUCACAGGUGUCAGUCAUCAUGACGAUUUUCCUUAUUUAUUUUACAUGCCUAAUAAGUUUAAACCAGAAGGAUGGCCAGGACCCAAAGACAUUCUGGUUUCACAAACACUAAUAAAAAUCUGGGUGGCAUUUGCUAAAGAACAUCUGAGGAAUCCUACAAUAAUGAAGCAGCAUACAAAAUAUAUAGAAAUCGCAAAAGAAGAUUUAAAUAAUGAGAAGUAUAAAACAAGCUUGCAUGCAUCUCAUUGCAUGAUUUUCUCUUUCAACAAUGGUAAAGUUAUUCUUGAAGAUGAGUAUUAUGCAAAAGCAAAUGUUCUGAUGCAGAUGAGAUUCGAUGGCCAUUUGGGAUUCCCAGGAGGUCUUGUUGACGAAGGGGAAACUCCUGAAGAAGCUGUUACUAGAGAAAUGGAAGAAGAAAUGGCCAUGGACAGACAAAAGUUGAAAAUUAGCGCUGAAGUGAUGGGUAUAAUGAGGAUUCCUCUCUAUACGAUGAUUGAUGGUUAUAGAGGUUUCCCAGCAUUCCUUGAUAACUGCUUCAUCGGUAACUCCAAAGAGCAGCUCAUUUACACAUUGAUUCUUAAAGGAAUCAUGACAAAAGAAGAAAUUGACAAAUCAUUAGAAGCGAAACCAUCAUAAAUAAACCAUCAUUAACCACCAGUUUUAAUAAAUAUUAUAAAAAAUAAUAAAUAAAUAAAAGUUUUAUCUUACCAUUAUAAAAUGUAAAUAAUUUAAAAAUUGGAAUGAAAAAUGGACUUUUCUAAUUUUUAUUUCAUAUUUUUGACCAGAAGAUAUGACUUAUUUUUCUUUUAAAACUUUCCUAUGAAUAAACCAGUGUACUUAAGAUAUUUUAUUAUUCAAAAUAGAUGGUUAAGUUCAAAAUUAAA